CUGUUACUAAUUAUAAUGAGCUUUUAGAUAUUGAAAUGAGAGGCAUGGAGGAGUUACUGACUUCCCGAAUCGACAACUUGGACAGGAAAGCGCAGGUCAUUAUUAAAGUGGCGAGUUGUAUUGGUCAUGCGUUUACUAUCGAAACGUUGUCGGAUGUGCUUAACCAACUUCCUGGCUUGCGAAAAAUUUCUCUAUCUUCGCUUUAUAGGAAGCUGUACAUGGUUGCUGAUGAAGUGGAACUGACUUACGAUGAGGAGCGUGACCUUUUUAUUUUCACGAACGAAAAACUUCGGGAAGUGGCGUACAAUUUACUUCUAAAGCAGCACCGACAGGAAAUUCACCGUCUUAUUAUACAAAUCUACGAAAAAAAAUACUCGCACAAUUUAGAACCGCACUACGCUUUUCUUGCAGAGCAUUUGCUAGUCGAUGAGCAAUACUCGAGAGCCGUUAGUUACCUUACAAUGGCCGCUGAAAACUGCUUAUCAGAAAAGAAUUAUUCGGAGGCUAUAAAGCUUUCCAGCAAAGCUUUGGAGACUCAUAAAAACUUUUUAUCUUGGAUGUUUUACCAAAGCACGAGCUCAUGGGAAUAUAUAAUGGGUAUGGCGUAUAUGGGCCUGGAAAGUUACACCCACGCUGAAACACAUUUGGAGGCUUCAGUUUGUUUAUUGGGUUCUAAAGAGGAACGGACAUCAAGGGCACAAUUUGCUAAAUUUUCGCCUUUUCGCUUUAAGGAAACAAGCAAAUCCUCACCUGAUAACUUUAAUUUGGAAUCGGAACUUGUAACCAAUUUUGUUAUCUCUCCUUCCGCUCUCAGGACGACGGCAGAAUAUGAAAAAAGAAUGGUAUUGUAUCCACUACUCAAGGAAAGUUACGAAAUUUCUCGGGCUUUGGAGUCUCUAAUAAAAAUUCACUUCUUAAACGGUAAUGGACGACAAAUGCUUGCAUUGGGAAUACAACUGGUUAAUACGGUGAUGACUUUUGAAGUCUGUCAAGUUCAUUUAACCGCUUUUUCGUGGUUCGGCUUUAUUCUGGCCUCCGUUAAAGGAAAACGAACAAAAGAAAAAUUUUUCCAUAAACUUGUGAAAAAGUUAUCCGAGCAAAUCAUAGACCCGGAUAUGAAUCCCAUCCAUCUCAUUGGCCUGUACAGUUACUAUUUUUUUGGAAAAAUCAGCGAAUCGCUAGACUUGAUAAGCACAAUGCAACGAACAAUGCUUGAAAAAAACAUUCUGGAGUACGGAGAAGUUUUCUAUUGCAAAGCCAAACUUUUAUUUCUACGCGGGGAAACAGUAAUGAGUUCCUUUGCUUCUGCCGAGAUCUUCAAGGCAACUCCAGUCACGAAUCGUUCUUAUGCCUUAGCGUAUACCAUGGACGCCAUGCUGUGCUUAUGUCAAAAUGUUAUUAACGAUUCUCUAAAAGCUACUGAAGAAGGCCUUAAGUUAGUAGAAACGGCGAGUGACCGCUUUCAGCUGCUGUGCCUUCGUGCCUUCGCUAAGAGCACUUGUAAAGAUUUAAGCGCGAAGGCGGAAUUUGACUCGGCACUUGCUUUAUUAGAAGUCUUUGAUAAGCCUGUCAUUGGCUACUUCGUCGACGGUUUUUAUUUUCUGGUGGCCGCAUGCCUGAAUCUUUCUCGGGCUUACCUGGAAAACGGCGACUUUCUUUCGGAGGAGAGCAUCUUGAAAUGUUCUUCUCGUAUAUUAGAGUUUUUGAAGGCAAUCUCGGAGAGGUGCGUUCUAGCCUUUCCUGUGUACAAAUUAGCUUGCGGAAUGUUCGACCAUUAUAAGAAAAAAUACAAAACAAGUAAAAAUUUUUUAAGAACGGCCAUAAAAAGCUUUGAAGCUUUGGAAUUUUACUUCUUUAAAGCAGUAUGUCUUUUGUACCGAGUGUCUAUAGAAAGAGUAACUGAAGAUGAAAGCUCGAAUUGUCCAGAGGUUGAAAAUUUUGUUUACAAUUAUUUUGCAGAAAGGAAAAUGUUAUUUUACCUAAAGAUGAUGGAAGAUUUUGAAGCACUUUAG